UAUUUUUUGUUUGAAUUUUACUAAAAUAUUUACAAUUUAUUUUUGGUUAGAUAAUAAUUGGUGACACAAAACACACAUAUAAUUUGUUUGCUUUAUAUUAAAACUAUAACAACAAAUUCAAAGAUGAGUUUAAACGAUGAUAUAGUAAUCAGUGGUAUGAGUGGUCGGUUCCCAUUAUCUGAUAAUAUCGAUGAAUUUGCUGACAACCUCUACAAUGGCAUAGAUAUGGUUACCGAUGCCGAUGACGGUGAUAGUCGAUGGCCUAAAGAUUUAUACGGAAUUAAUUCAAGACAAGGAAAGGUUAGAGACUUUGACCGCUUCGAUGUGUUUUUUUUCGGUAUUAUGCAACAAAUGGUCGACGAAAUUGAUCCGCAAUCGCGUAAACUAUUGGAGACCACAUACGAGGCCAUUGUCGACGCCGGUAUAAAUCCGAGUUUAUUGCGCGGCACAAAAACCGGUGUCUAUGUCGGUGUGUCGUCCUAUGCAAUGACCGAUAGCUAUCCCGAAGAGAUACAGCCGGACAUUAGGAUGAGUAAACAGUCGGUAAUGUUGCAGACAAUGGGAAAUAUGAAGGCUCUGUACGCCAACCGGAUAUCCUAUGUGUUUGAUUUUAAGGGACCGUCACUUAUUACUGAUACGGCCUGUUCGGCCAGUAUUGUGGCCUUUAAUUUGGCCAUAAAUGACUUGAAAUUAGGCAAUGUUGACUACGCUGUGGUCGGCGGCACUCAUAUGACAUUUGAGCCGUUUAUCGCCCAAAUGUCACAAGAAAUCAGUGUUUGUUCACCGCGUGGCCUGUCGUCGGUGUUAGACCAGGAGGCAGAUGGCUUUGUCAAGGGUGACGCCAUUGCCUGUGUUUUCCUUCAGAGAAGACCCUCGGCUCGCCGUAUCUAUGCCUCAGUGUUGGCCAGUCGUGUCAAUGUUGACGGCAAAAAAACCAAAGGCAUGUUCUUUCCAUCGACAGAAGCACAAGAAGAACUGAUGAUUAUGACCUACAAAGAGGCUAAUGUGGAUCCAUUGAAAGUCAACUAUUUUGAAGCUCAUUGCACGGGAACCAGAGUGGGCGAUCCUCAAGAGGUUAAGGCCAUCUAUAAUGCCUACUGUGCAACACCUAAGAGGGAGGGCUAUCUACCGCUUGGUCUACUCAAAAGUAAUACGGGUCAUACGGAAGCGGCAUCGGGUGUAUCGGCAAUCAUUAAGACAUGUCUAGUAUUUGAAAGAGAGUGUAUACCGUCUAAUAUUCAUUUGAAACAAAUUAAAAAUGAAUGCAAAUACUACUGUCCACCACUGUAUCCCAAUACCGAACCAUUAGCCUAUGAGCCAGCUAUUGCUGGUAUCAAUAACUUUGGCAUUGGAGGAGCUAAUGGACACGUACUCAUUGAAUGUAAUUAUAAGAAAGCGGAUGUCAAUGGCCUGAAAAUAGCCGAACCCAUACCGCGUAUUGUAAACAUCUGCGGCCGCACUGAAGCCGCCAUUCAACACGUGUUUGGGUUUAUCGAGAAAAAUCCGCAAAAAAUCACGCGCGACUUUUUAGCACUUUUGACCGAUACUAUGAAAAUCAGUCCCAGUGUUAACUCUGCCGGCUUUCCCUACAGAGGAUCAAUUAUUUUAAAGAAAUUAAGUGAUGACAACAAUAAUAACAAAAACAUUAGAUAUGAAUAUAAAAAACAAUUUUCAUUAUUUAAAUGUAAAUCCUUAAGACCUGUUUGGCUGUUGUUUCCGGGUUUGGGCGGACAAUGGCCUGCAAUGGCUAAGGCUUUAAUGCCAAUCGAUAUUUUCAGAGAUAAAGUCGAAGAAUGUCAUCAAAUAUUACUUGAAUUUAAUGUCGAUUUAAAACAUUGGUUACUCUCUGAAGACAACACUUCCAUCUCAACAAUGACUGCUAAGUUCUGUACGACAACUGCUAUAGAGUUGGCGUUCUUUGAUGUGAUUAAAGCUUUGGAUAUCAAUGUCGACGGUAUUAUUGGACAUUCAUUUGGUGAGAUAGCCUGUGCUUACGCUGACGGAUGUCUGACCACAAAAGAGGCAAUGAUUGUGUCGUACUUUAGAGGAGCCGUUACUGAAAACGAUAAGAAAAUACCAAAAGGUUUGAUGGCUGUCGUGGGUCUGUCGAGAAACGAAGCAAAAAAAUUAUGUCCACAAGGAGUGUAUGUGGUCUGCAAUAAUGCCAAAGACACUGUUGUCGUAUCUGGUAAACAACAAGAAAUGAAGGAAUUGAUUGAAAAGAUACGAUCUAUGAGUGUAUUUGUUCGCCAAUUGGACAGCAGUGGUAUACCCUAUCAUUCGCCAUAUUUGCAGAGUUCAGUUAAGCCAAUGAUUGAGACAACCAGGAAAUACAUACCAAAACCACGGCUCAGAUCCAGCCGAUGGUUGUCGACAUCAGUGGUUAACUUAGAACAACAGGAUAACGACAACAACGAUAUCUUGAGAUAUGCUUCGUCCGAAUAUUUUGCGUAUAAUCUGUUAAAUGCCGUCCAGUUUUAUGAUCGCCUGAAGACACUUCCGACCGACUCUAUUGUCAUAGAGAUGGGUCCGCAUUCGGUAUUCGGCAAAAUAGUUACCGAUACUCUUGAGUCGUCCACUUAUUUGUCGUUUAUGAAGAAAGACUCGAACGAUACGAAUUUGGAUCUGUUUUUGUCGGGUUUGGCCAAACUGUACGAAUUGGGAGUAAAUCCGUCUAUUGAUAAACUAUAUCCGCCGGUCGAAUGGCCAGUGGCCAGAAAUACCCAAUCAAUCGGGUCGCUGAUCCGAUGGGAUCAUUCGCAACAAUACUUUUGUAAAAAAUAUCCCGAUUUUUAUACCCGAACCACGGCAUCGGAUAUGAACGUUGCGGUCAACAUACAGAUGCCCGACGAUUGUUAUUACGCCGAUCAUGCUGUCGACGGCAACAUUAUGUUUCCGGCCACUGGCUAUAUAAUGUUGGUCUGGCGCCACUUUGCCGGUUAUUGCGGAAAAAUCUGGGACCAGACAGCCGUCCAUUUUGAAAACAUACAAUUCAAACGACCAGUUUUUCUGUCCGAGUCAUCGCCGACCCGAUUAAAAGUCAAAUACUUUGAAAAUAGCCAUGAUUUUGUAAUAAUGGAAAGUGACAACAUUUGUUGUUCGGGUAAAGUUAGCCGAUUGACCGAUGAUGGACUAUACGCACAGAAUCUAAUCUAUGAGAAUGAUGAGCACCGGGAGCUAACCGGUGAGUAUAGUCUGACCAGAGACGACAUCUACAAAGAGUUGCGUAUUGUUGGCUACGAUUACGGACCGGCAUUCAGACGACUGAAAAGUGUUCGGACCAACAAUUUUGUCGAAAUACUCGGUAGUUGCGAAUGGAACGGACUGUUUGUACCGUUCCUCGACUCAGUACUACAGUCGAUGGCAUUUGUGGCACCGUUUCGUAAGCUAAUGGUACCCGUAAUGAUCAAAUCGCUUAAAAUCAAUCCGAAACUGUUUUUCGAGGCUAUAGUCAAAAAUCGUUGCGCCGAUGAAGUCGACAACACCGGCAAAGACAAGCAAGAAGUGGCUGAAACUGUAGCCGAAUGGAAACGAACGGAACUGGACGAAGGAGAACAGGCAGGUUCGGUACUACAAGAACUGGAACAGACCAAUGAAAUACUUGACCAGAUUUGUGAACGCUUUCAUAAAUACCAAUCGUUGGUAUCGUUUUAUUUUGAUUACGACUCGAAAUUGUUGGUCACCUAUGGUAUCGAAAUCUGCGAUCUCAUAGUGUUUCCCAUUACCCGUCGAUCAGACAAUCAGGAUCUGGUACUCGAUUCCUAUGAGUUUGUCGCCAAUGAGGACAUGGAUGCCAUCGAACCGUCCUAUAAGUACAUGAUUUCUGAAUAUUUAGAGGUAUGCAAAAUGAUGAUUGUUUUGAUGAAAAAAUUUGGUGUUAAUACUGAUAAUAUUGUAUACGAUAUUAACAUUAAUAUAAACAGUGAAUUAAUAGAAAAAUAUAGAAAAUCAUUAAACAAUGAAAACUUUGUAAUGUUUCGUAUUUUGGAUAAAAUAUUGACAACUAUUUGCGGUGAAAAUUAUAUUAGUAAUGAUAUUGUAAACAACAAAAAUAAUAUUAUAGACAAUAGCACUGAUGAUAUGAAAUUGAAUGAUAAUAAUAGUAGAAUAGCUGGAAAAUUAUGGUCAGAAAUUAAGUUCAAACCUGAAUACGAUUUUGUUAAAGACAUCACCAAUGAGAUCCAUAAAAACGAUCACAUGUUGAGAGCAUUGGUCGAUAUUGUCAAUGAAAAUCUGGUGCCACAAAAAUCGGUAAAAAUAGUCGAAAUUAACUUAACUCAAGCAUUGUUGGCCAAAGAGAUUGAAAAAUUGAUGGCAAACUAUCAUCUCUAUCCCAUUGAUGUCGACUACAAACUAAUUGUCCGAUCGAUGGAUGUAUUGGCGAAUGAUUCAUCAUUUAAGGACAGAUCUGCUGCCAGUGUUUGGCAGACAAGUGAUUGUGAUUUUCCCACUGAUAUAUCAAUUGCCGAUUUUAUUGUGUUGAGAGACUCUCAUCAUAUCUACGAUGACAACAACAUAGAUGUCGACAAAUUUAUCUUAAAUUUAAACGACUAUAUUGUCAGCAAUGGAUUUUUGUUGACAAUUCAUAGAUAUAGGUUUACGGAUACAGAGCUAAUGUUAAACAACAUCGUCAACAACGACACAAUUAACGGCAGAAAACUGUUGGACAACACGUUUCUGGAGCAACGGAUCGACCAGUUUAUUACGGCUGCUAAUCGAGCAGGUCUUCGGCUAAUUGGCAGCAAGUGUGAUACCAUCGGUACUAUGACUCUACUGUUUCGCAAAACAGUUGGCAGCGGACUGGUUAAUGAGGACCAAAUUUUUGCUGAUUUACCAAAAUUGAUCAUGGUAGAUUCAUCAAUGUAUGAUAAUUGGUUGCCACAACUCAGUGAAAGAUUAAUAGAAAAUAAAGAAACCGAUAUAUCAAGUGAUACAGUUUGGUUAAUAGCCAAUGAUUCCCAUAGAAACGGUAUUUUAGGAUUAAUUAAUAGUCUUAGACUGGAACCGGGAGGCGAUCGUUUCAAAUGUAUUAUCGAUUAUAAUACUAUGGCCGGCAAUAAUGAUAUCAAUUGUUUGGAUUUUUAUCAAAAAUACAAACAUAUUUUGGCCAAUGGUUUGACAGUCAAUGUUAUCAAUAAAUAUGAUGACAAACAUCAACCAAAAGUGGGAACUUACAGACAUCUUAAGCUAAACAAAGAUUACGAUAAAAUCAAAUCCGAUGACUACUUCUUGAAUGUCGGUCAGGGAAGAGAUCUAUCAAGUCUUCAAUGGUUUGAUUCUCGAUGUUUGGUGCCGUCAGAUGAAGGCGUCUAUGAUUUUUCAAAUAACCGAAUAAUACAAAUACCGAUCAAUAUAUACAGUUCUGGACUAACAUUUCACGACGUUAUGGUUGCCACAGGUCGUAUACCGAGUGGACCGAUGCUGUUAUUUACCGAUUGUCUUAUUGGAUGCGAGUUUGCUGGCCGUCGGUUAGAUAAUAGAGAACGAGUUAUGGGUUUUGAUAUAACCCGAUGUUUUGCGACUGGUAUUCAAGGAAAUAGAAAUUUUAUAACUAAUAUACCGAAUCACUGGUCAAUGGACGAUGCGGUCACUAUAUUGAGCACAUAUAGCACCGUAUGGUAUGGUUUGAUAAAGAGGGCUCAUUUAAUGAAAAAUGAAAGUAUUUUAAUACAUUCGGGUGCUGGAGGUGUGGGUCAGGCGGCCAUCAAUAUAUGCCAACACUUUGACUGCGAUAUCUUUGUUACGGUUGGAACUGAAGAUAAAAAACAGUUUCUUAUCAAAGAAUAUAAUAUUCCUGAAAACAAAAUAUUCAGUUCAAGAGAUAUAUUGUUUAAGUUAAGAAUAAAACAGUUGACUAAAGGAAAGGGAGUUGAUUUGGUGCUCAAUUCAUUGACUGGUGAAAAAUUGGACGCCGGAUAUGAGUGUCUGGCAAAUAGCGGUCGGUUUGUUGAACUGGGAAAGUAUGAUCAAAUGCAAAACAAACAGAUCGGUAUGUUUGACUUUUUGAGAGACAUAUCGUUCAUUGGUGUGGCUGUCGAUAUGUGUCUGUUUGAGACUCAGAAUUUUGCAAUCAAUUUCUUUGAUUGGAUGCACAAAAACUCUUCAAAUGGUUGUAUUAAACCAAUUAAUAGGACUGUGUUUGGUGUCAAUGAAGCGGAAAAGGCGUUCAGAUAUAUGACAACCGGUAAACACAUCGGAAAAGUUAUUAUUAAGAUUAGAGACGAAGAAUCCGAUAGAAAUGCUGUUAAAGAUAUGAAUCCAUCGAUUGAUUUGUUAGUAACAACUAAGACAUACUUUAAUCCAAACAAAGUCUAUAUAAUAACGGGAGGUUUGGGUGGUUGUGGUCUUGAAUUAGUUCAUUGGAUGCUAUAUAUGGGAGCAAAAAAGUUUGUACUAAACUCACGCAAUGGCAUCAAAAAUGAUUAUCAAAGAUAUAUUUUGAAACGUUUAGAAAAUUUUAGUAAAAAAUACAAAAUGUUUUCAUCGGAAAUCAUAGUAUCGACAGCUAAUUGUCUGACAAUUGACGGCACAAAACAACUUUUAAGUGAAUCACAACAAUUGGGUAAAACAAUUGGCGGUGUCUUUCAUUUGACACUAUUAUUGAAUGAUCUGUUGCUGGAAAACCAAACAACGGAAACAUUUGGUUCAACUGUUGCCUCAAAAUAUACAAUAUUUGCUAAUUUGGAUCAAAUGAUUCGUGAAUUGGACAUCAAAUUAGAUUAUUUUGUUAUAUUUUCGUCGCUGGCUUCGGGCAAAGGAAAUGCCGGUCAAAGUAACUAUGCUUUUGGUAACGCAAUGUGCGAACGAUUAUGUGAACAAAGAUAUGGUAAUGGAUUGAAAGCAUUGUCCAUACAAUUUGGUCCGAUUGGUGAUGUCGGGGCUAUGUCUGACAAAGAACAGGCCAUCCAAAUGUCUAAUCUGAAGAAACAGCGAAUCAAUUCGGUUUUCGAUGCCUUAGACCGACUACUGACCGUUGAUAAACCGAUUGUUACUUCAUAUCUCAAAUCUGAACGAAUAAUGCAAUCGGGAAGUCGUCAGAAACGUAUGGUUAAGGAACUGUGGCGGGCAUUGGGUGUCGAUCCGGACACUACUCCCGAUCACUUGACACUCGGCGAGAUAGGACUGGAAUCGAUGUUUGCCGUCGAACUGCAACAGGAGUUGGAACGGGAGUACAAUAUCAAGAUGUCGUUAAAUCAUGUGAAGAAUAUAACUGUCCGAAUGUUGAAAGACUAUGAGGCCGGUCGGGUUGAAGACUUUAAACGAUACGUCCAGGAGAUCAAAGUGGCCAAAGCUAACCUAUUGAGGUGUAAAUUCAUUAUACCUAACGAUAGGAUUACUAAAUUGAAUGACAUUACCGUUGGUCGACCCAUAUAUUUCUUGCCGGCCAUCGAAGGAUCGUUCAAAGCGUUUGAAGAAUUAGGACAACGAUUUCAUAGGCCUGUUGUGGGCAUCAAUUGGACGCGCGAUAUGGAUGGCAUCGGAUCUAUCAAAGAGAUGACCAAAUAUUUUAUAAACCUAUUGAAUACUAUACACAAUAGCAAGAAUUCCUACGAUAUUGUCGGCUAUUUUGAUUGUGCACUCAUUGCCACUAAAAUUGUACGCAAAACACGUGUCAAACGUGCCGUUAUUAUUGACAUACUAUCGGAAACACAGUUCAAUGAGGACGUGGUUACCGAUGAAUUUCUAUUGGAGUUUAUUUUCGGUUUUAUAUCCAGUAAUAUCCCGAAAUCGUUUAAGGAUAAGAUAUAUCGCGAUAUGAAAUCCGAGCCAAAUAUUGAUGCACGUGUUCGACGCGCGUGCAAUGAGAUACGCGAGUUUGCCGGCAGCGGUCUGGUGGCCACCGAUUUGGAAGAAAUUUUACGUAAUUCACUGAAACGGGCAAAACUGUUGACCACUUAUAGGUCGCGGAAGAUGAAGAAACAAUUGAUGACACAAAUGAAAUCAAAAUUGAUGGACAAAUGGUCUAAAAGUAGACAAAAGCUAACAAUAAUCAAACCGUUUGAGUUCAACAAUAUUGAUGACGAAGAAGAGUUUGUCAAUAAAACAAAUGAUUUAUACUUUUUGCCAACAAAUCUGGAAACAAGUGAGUCGUUUGAUUUAAUUAAAGUCGAUGAACACUCCCUAUCAAUUGCAUCGGAAAAAAUUGUGAAAACACCUAAAAACUAG